AUGCACGUCAAAGUAGCGCCGCUCCGGCGAACCGAGUCUAGCGUACGGCAAGUGGAGAUCAUUUGGCAGAAUCUGACCUAUUGUGUGACCAGAGGUCGGUCGGUGGCCGAAAUGUUGGGCAAAUCAAGUGGCCAGAGUCGAGUGAAAACCAUACUGAACGGCAUCAGCGGAUCGUUACGCAGCGGACAGAUGAUGGCAUUGAUGGGACCGUCCGGUGCUGGCAAGUCGUCACUGUUGGAGUGUAUAUCUGGCAAACGUACAGUCGGUGUGUCCGGCGAUAUCAAAAUGAUCGGCAAAGAUAGGCUGAAAAUCGGUUUUGUCGAACAGUUUGACCAUCAUUUGGAGCACUUGACGGUCAACGAGUCGCUGGUGUUUGCCUCCCGACUACGUAACGCCGACCGACGGUUUGUUAACCAUCAGAACACUGCCCAGACUCUCAUCAAAAAGUUAGGUUUGGAUGGCUGUGCCAAUACACUGUGCAUUAGACUGAGCGGCGGUCAACGUAAACGGCUGUCCAUUGCGCUGGAAUUGGUCAGCAAAGUCGAUGUACUCAUACUGGACGAACCGACUACCGGUCUGGACAGUUCGGCCACUACGCUGACCAUUAACGCUGUACUGGCGUUGACCAAACAACGUAAACCAAUUGCCACCAUAGCUACCAUACAUCAGCCGAGUGCUCGGAUAUUUCAAUUGUUCGAUAGGGUAUACAUACUGUCCAACACAGGUGUGUGCGUGUUUGACGGCCCGCCCCAAGAGUUGCCGCAAACACUAUCGCUAGUCGGUCUAAGUGUGCCCAAUUACUAUAAUCCGGCCGAUUUUAUCAUUGAAGUGGCAUCGGGUGAGUACGCCAAACAGUCUAUCCAUUUGCUCAGUCACUAUAACAAAGAGUCCAAUAAGACACGAUUUGACGAUACCUACGCUGAUGGCGAUUCCUAUACGACUGUCCUCAAUGCAAUACUGGCCGAAAAGUCAAGGAAAUCCAUGCCUCACUUUAAGCAGAUGACAAUUUUGGUUAGACGUGUGUUUAAGAUAACAUAUAGAGAUCCCGAUAUUGUCAUAAUAAGAUUAUUUACGGUAUUUCCGAUGGCAUUCAUUAUUGGACUGAUAUUUGGCAGCAGUGUUGGCCAACAUUCCGGUUGUCCGCCAACUAAGCUAAUGUUAUGGAAACUGGAUGUAAACGAGUUGUUCGAUAAGUUUCAGGAGGACAGGUAUGGCCUACAGGAGAACCUGGCGCUAAUGUUUCUCGUAAUGAUGAUGUGUAUGUUUGCCUCGUAUACAUCAUUGGUACUAUCGUUUCCAUUGGAAAUGAAUGUAGUUUUAAAAGAGUAUACAAACGGCUACUACAGUGUACUCGCCUAUUAUGUUAGCAAAUUGUUUACCGAUUUGCCGUUUUGUAUUAUAACCAGUAUAUCGAUGACUACUAUAGUCUAUUUUAUGACUGGCCAACUGUUUGAUACAUAUGAACGACUAUUCUAUGUAAAUAUGAUUAACCUAUUGGUAUGCAUGACCGGGCAAAGUGUCGUGAUACUACCGUUGUUUAUAUUUGCCGGCUUUUUCCGAAAACUGUCGCUAAUGCCCAGCUAUUUGGUACCGAUAUCGUAUGUAUCGUUUUUUCGCUACUCCCUAACCGCCACACUGAUAGCCAUAUUCGGCUUCGACCGGUGUCCGUACGAAAAUCGUUUGGCCGAACUCGAUAUCGACACAACCAAUCUGACCCGACCCCAGUGGCUCAAACUAAUGUCACGUAUGUACGAGUUUCAGUCGUUUAUGGGCGACGGCGACAAUUCGGACGAGUCCAGCGAAGAGCAAACAGGUAUCGGUACUACCGAUGGCCGCAGAGAUCCGGAAACAAAUUUGAUGCUAAUGUUUGGCGGCAAAAAUGCCGUCGGCAACAAUAGCGAGCGGUCAUUGAUUUUGACACAAUUUGAAAUCGCCGACACCGAUGAGGCGUUUUGGUGGGAAAUACGGUUAUUAAUAUUUUUUGUGUCCGUCAUGUAUGUCCUAAUCUAUUUGGUAUUGAAUUGGAAAUUAUCGCGAAAACGAUAA